AUGGAUGCGCCAGCUCCCGCUGUGUCCAAUGGCGACGCCCAACGCAAGGACACGCACUACAGCGGAGAAAAAAACCAGCACGAUUUCUUCGAGGACCUGGCUACCUACAUUAUCGUGAACAAUAACGAGAAAAAUUGCGAUGUGGCAACGAGCCAGACCCAAGCAGAGCACGGCUGGGCCAAAAAUUCAACUCAAGCGGAUACGAAGCACACGCCGGUUGGAAACGACAACACGCCGCCAAACAAGCGGCAGCAGAGCGAAGAAGACGUGAACACUGAAGAUGGGGAGGAGGGGGACAAGUACAAGUGGAAACCCGGGUUCUGCCUCCAGCUCGGCUCGCAGGGUAGAAAGGCGAUGCUGCAGCUUCUCAGGAACGUUUACAAAACCAACAAAAAGUUUAAGCACAUCUUCGAAAAAAUGGAUCCGCCGACCACCAUCAGCAACCUUCCCUUCUUCAAGGUCUCGAUGCUCUGGGAGCUUGCACACGAGCUCGACGUCUUCGACCAGGCGAUAGCCAUACACAAAAUAUACGGGAAGGUGAGGAACAAGAUGGGGAAGAACGGCGUGGCGCAAGGGGUGCAGUACUACGACGGGUACUCCCCCAGAACUACCGUAUCCCGGAGCCCCAAAAUGCGGCGCAUACCGAACUCGAUGUACGGGGCGCCGUACUACAACACGACGAACGAUGACGAAAGGCGCUACUACCUCGAGCACAGGAACAACAUGAACCAAAUCAAGCGCAAGGUGGACCACCUCGUGGCGCUGAACAAGUCCAAUCCCGAACAGUACAUGAAUGGCAUGGUUCCGUACAAGCAAAGGAAGUGUGUUAUGGGAAUGCAGCCCAACCACGUGGAUAACAACCUGCACGCGAUGCAGAUGCAAUCCAACAACAUGUACGACUACAUCCCCAGAAUGAGCAACCAGGUGUACCCCUGCGCGACGCUGGACUGUGGUCUGAUCCCACAAUAA